AUUCAAAGCGAAAAAGYAAUGAUUCAAUCACAAGACAAAUGAUUUCCAGAUUUGAGAAACAGCAAGAAAACGACGAACUCCACAAUCYAUGUACSCCAAAUAGAUCCAUGUAUUUCAUCGCAAGAAAUACUGAGAAGAACGCCACUAACUUUGAGAAAAACUUGAGACAAACACAACGCAAAAUGGCGUCACAACGACAACAUUCACGAUUAGAAGAAAARCAAAAAGAUGGCGCUCAUAAUCUACUGAUAUCGAGGGUAGGAAAGUCGGGUCUUUUAGGAAACCAAUUCCCAUCUUUUGACGAGACACAACACCAAUUAACACAUUCACCAACUUCAGUCAUCAAUAACAAUACGAAUAGCGAUUUUGCAAUUUCAAAAGAGAUAUCGCUCAAGUCAAAAUCUUUUUCAGAGCAGCGACUCAUGAAUGAGUUGAARAAGACCUCCCGACUGCUAGACAUGGAGAGAAAUAAGAAUCUUACUUUAACAAACAAAYUUGAGGAUACAGAAUGUCAGCUGAGGGCUAUACGGAAACCGCAAUCUACAGACUUGGUUAUUGAGGAAUACGCUAGGCAAAUACGAAAGCUACAGGACAGAAUAACGCACUACCAGGAAGCGCUUACAUUAGAGAAAAAGAUGCGAGCCGAARCUGAAGCAGAACUAGAAGAAACCCGACGUCAAAAUCGAAGAUGUGCAGAACAAAUGGACAUGUUGAUCUUUCAGCACAUUCCMAGCGUGGCUCCAGUAUUCAAAGRUAUCGGUCCCGUCAAGUAUACAAUCGAGGACUCCUUUGAUUUUGUUGGAUCAUACCGACUUGGAGAAGUGCUGGGUGAGGGAUACUACGGAUCAGUCCGAGUUGGCUCUCAUUUGAGUUCCAUGCAGAAAUUUGCCAUUAAGAUUCUGAAGAAAACAAGUAUCAAUCGAUUCAAAGAUCUGAAACAAAUUGCACUGGAGGCCCACGUCCUAAAGACAUAUCAACAUCAGAAUAUAGUUCGCUUGAAGGAAGUUCUCCACACAGCGCACAACAUCUAUAUGGUCACCGAAUUSUGCUUUAUGGAUUUGCACAAAUACCACAAUGACGUUGGGUUGAGCAUCGAAAGUGCUAGACAAGUGGUSUUCGGUAUACUUGAUCCUAUACAUCAUUUACAUCGUCACGGAAUUUGUCAUCUUGAUUUGAAACCAGAAAACAUUCUUCUCACAAAACCCCUUGGUUCGCAUAAUGCUAAGUACGAACACGUACGAAUAUGCGACUUCGGUCUUGCGAAUAUGGCAAGAAAGCCCGAUAAGAACAAAGAUAUUAUUCGUGAAGGCUACGCAUGCGGAACUCCCGGGUUCUAUGCRCCAGAAAUGGUUAUCCAAGACAAAUUCGAAGGKAGAUGUGCAGAUAUGGUAAGUUAAUGAAGGUAUAUGCACUCUGAUCAACUCUCAUKUUGUCUACUAUUCGAUUACUGACGCCAUUUGAWCUCCGUUUUAUUAAUAUCUCAUAUCGACAAAAAGUGGUCGUUGGGUUGUAUCAUACUAGAAAUCACGUUAGGUUUUACCCAGGAGUGGAUUGAUAGCUAUAAUAAAGCGGAUGAUAAUCC